AGGCACUUGCUUUUGAAGGCCAUGAAAAAUCGGCAACGAGCUCGAGGCAUGGACAGCUACCACAACAACUGGCGUGUUAUUUGCAAUGUGGUGGGACGAAGCAGGAAUUUUGCAAGUUGAGUUCAUGUUCAGCCAUCAUACUUGUGUCAGCGCUCAUUCAUUGGCUCUGUGGUGUUUUUCGGUGCUUCCUAUUUGAUGUGGAAUCCCAAUACAUUGGCCUUCACCGUACAUCUGGACGGGUUUGAAUGUGAUCAACAACCACCCAAAGAUGCAUAAAUGCCCUCCUAGAGUUCAAAGCACACCUAAGCUUGCCUUAAACUUCCUUUACUCUAUAUUUCCACACAAAAAGACGCUCAAACCAAACCAAGAAGACUGAUCAUCUCCGCUAAUCCAUCCCUCUUAAGUAGUGUAUGAAUUGAUCUGUGUGAAGAAAAGAACUUCCACGUUACAGAAAGACUUGGGCAACCCUGGAUAUGUGCUAAACAACGCAUACCAUGAAGGACAUCAUUGCUUGUAUGGAGAGUUGGCAAAGUGUUCCUGAGGAUCACCUAUCCAACUUGGCAGUGUAUACUGUUCAAGAUGCUCAGACACCUCAAGUCUGUCAAGCACGUGCACGGGAUUCCUUGCCCCCGAAUUUGGCAAUCCGACCUUCAGCCGUCAAUUCAGUGUCUGGGGUGUGGGCUAAGGACAUUAUCCCUCGGGGUACGAAAUUUGGACCCAUGGUUGGAGUGGUCUAUCGUACAGAAGAAGUGGAACCGGGUCAAGACAAGACUUACUUCUGGCGAGUGUAUGACAAGAAUGCCAACCGCAUCAAGUUUUACAUUGACGGCAAAGACUCGUCACGAGCUAAUUGGAUGCGCUACAUUCAACCGGCUUAUAAAACAGCCACUCAAAAUCUAGUGGCCUACCAAAAGGACAAUGAGAUUUAUUUCCUCACCAUUAAACACAUCCAAGCCGAUGAGGAGUUAACUGUGUGGUAUUGCCGAGAGUUUGCUGAUCGCUUAGGCUUUCCUUUAACCGGUGGUGAGAUGAUUAAGAGCCUGGGCAUGAUUGAGGAACAAGAGAAAGAACUGGAGACCGAGAAGCAAAGAGCCAUGGAGCAAGUCAAGCAGAUCCUCCAAAAACAGAAACAGUUAGAGCUCCUCAAGGACCAAAUCCCUUCGGGCUUCAUGAGCAGACAAGACGAUACCCGGGUACCUGAUACUUUGGAGCAUCAUAACCAUGGCGGCGAGGCAAGUUACGCACAUUCCAUGUUCCAAGGGGAUCGCAAGGGAAGUCCCAUUUCCGAUUCAGGAUACACGGGCUCCCCUGCUGGUACCACGUCACCAUCUAAUGGCCGAGGGUCAGCCUCACCCAAUGCAUUGGAUCUAACAAAAGCCGGAGAGUUCCCCAACAGGGGAAGGAGGAAGAGAUGCUCUACCGAGGGAAGCAUUGAAUCCCUAGAAACUUCCAAUAGCUAUCGAAGGCACAAAAUGAAAAUGUACAAAUCGGAAAACCACAGCGGUGGUUCAUCGGGAGGCAGUUCUCCUGUUCACCAAAGGUCAAGUCCGAGCCCACCCAGGAAUUUGUUGCCUUUAAACGUAGAACCUGCUCAUCAACUUCAGUAUCACCCGAAUCAGCAUCUCAAUAACCCCACUCAUAAAGGACAGCCCAAUGUUACAGUGAGCAGACCACCGGUGGCCCAUCAAUAUUCAACGCCCAUCUCGGUCAAUAGCGUCACUUUACCCCAGCAACACCUUCUUCCGCAAAGUGUAACAUCGCGUCGGGACUCCAUUGAUCACGUGCUGGUGAAGCGCGAAGCACCACCUUCAAUGUUACCCAACCAGCCAACAAUUCCUCAACAGAUUAGAAUCCCUUUCACAGCACCACAAGCAGACGGGAAGUCCAAUUUACCGCCCGUUUUAAUGCUGAAUGGUUCUUAUCCCACGCAGUCCCCUUCUCAUUUGCAAUUACCGGCCAGUGUGCCGCAAAACCCAUAUAUUGCUCCACAAGUUCGCAUGAGAUUCCCCGUUAACCCGCCACAACUUCCAACCUUGCCUACAAAUGGAGGGCCUCCCCAGGCACUUUCCAGACUGUUUCCAAAUAACCCACCCCCUAAUAGUCUGGAUCUUGGGCAUUUACCGUUGCCCCAAGCUCCCCCAACCACAGCACCUCAACAUCCAGGAUCUUCACCGACGCCUUCUUUAUCAGGCAUGUCUGGAACGCAUGAUGGGACAAGGGGUUAUAAGUCCUUGCCAUAUCCUUUGCAGAAGAAAGAUGGCAAGAUUGAAUAUCGAUGUGAAACAUGUGAUAAAGUAUUUGGGCAACUCUCCAAUCUAAAAGUUCACUUGCGUACCCACACCGGUGACCGCCCAUUCAAAUGCGAUGUAUGCCACAAGCAAUUCACUCAACUGGCUCACCUACAGAAACAUAAUUUGGUUCACACAGGGGAGCGACCCCACUCAUGCCCAGAGUGUGGAAAGCGUUUCAGCUCCACGUCCAACUUGAAAACGCAUUUGCGGCUCCACUCUGGUCAGAAACCAUACAUUUGCGAAAAGUGUGAAGCUCGGUUCACCCAAUAUGUGCAUUUGAAAUUGCACCAGCGUCUCCACACCAAUGAACGACCUUACACCUGUAGUACCUGUUCCAAAUCCUACAUUAGCGCAUCUGGUCUGCGCACUCAUUGGAAGACCACCACGUGCAAACCCACUCACGAAGAUAUUGCUUUGGGAGCAGAGAAGCCCACAACCCUGGAUCGAGCCGGCUUAAAUUCCAAUUCCAACCACUCACAAGGUUCUCGAUCACCAACACAAGGUCAUGAGAUCAAAACCGAAUCAGGUGGCUUGUCAAGUAACUUGCCAUUCCACUUCGCCUCGGCCAUUGAGGCCACCAUCAAGAAAGAAAUUCAGGAGGAUACUCCUCGUCCCACAUCUCCAGACUACGAAAACAACCAGCACCAAAAUCACCAUCAACACCAACACCACCAUUCUGAUCAUAAAGACCAUCAUGAGACGGAUGAGGAAGACUAUGAUGAUGAUGAUGAAGAUGAUGAUGACGAUAUUCCUGCUCAUCGCAAAGUCAUUGUUACCCCGCUCGAAGAUCACGUGGAUUUGGUCAACACUGUUUUGAACAACCCGUCUGCCAAGAUCACUUGCCCAAUGCCAGAGGGCGCGGAACGUAAUGGAAAUAAGGAGGAAAAAUCCCAGCCGUCGAAAGAGAAUCAGGCACUUCUCACUCCAACGACGAUUCCGUGCAAAUAAUGGAGACCAGAAGAUCACUUCCUUUCCCUUAAUCUUGAUGAGCAAGCACAACUUAAUUCACUCUUUUUCUCAUUCUACAUGACCCAGCCCCACUGUACCUGAACUUACCUUGGAAUUUGGGACUUUGUGACACAAGAUCAUGCGGUCGAAGGCAAAGUCACACAGUUUCUUUCGAACAACACUCGCGAAAGGUUCGAUUUCAUUUAUAUCGCAACCUCUCGCUUUGGGAACUCUAUUUUCCUUUCAACUUUCUUUGGGCAUUGAUUUCACCAAAUAUAAAGAAGUGGUCACUGACAACAAACAGUAAGAACGUUGCCACUUAAACGACAAGACAUUUUCCCCUUGUUUACAAUCGAUCGAAACUACCUCAAAUUGUAAUUGGUCCCACUUUCAGACCUGAUUAUCAUUACCGCUACAACCUUUAUUGAUUCCACAUCUGUUCAAUCAAAUGUUACCCACCCACGCGAGCACCCGUGGCUAAAUAAUUUCUAUCCCAAAUCGAUCCAUAUUGGCCGUCAAGGAAUAACUUUGGAGCCGUUCGGAGACAGGUUACCACAAUCACACUCUAUAAAAAAAACUCAAAGAUGUGCUUUUUUCCGUUUAGCAAAGUAUCUAUUUAUUCUUUAUAUACUACUUAUACUGAUCACCAUACAUACUGUAACUUCUAUCUUUUAUAAAUUACCUCUUCAUAAGGAAAGGACACUUCUAGCAUUAUUUUUGGAUCUCACCCCCAAAAUUUCUACUUUGAAAGACAUCAAUAUAUUCCCCCGGUUGGAAUUCAGAUUCAGAGAAUUGGCCGCAAAAUCCGAUUAUCCACCGAGAUCGUCAAAAAUGAAAAACUAUUCACGGCUACUCCAAGUGCGACCAUUAUAUCAUUAUUAGAAUAUUAUCAAAUUUCCUAUCAGAGAAAUAAAGUUCUAUGUGUUUGCCAGAG